CCUAAAACCAAAGAAAUAUAGCAUUUCUUAAAUAUAUCAUUUCUAGAAAGAGCUAUUUUAACACAAGCAACUCAAAGAUAUCUCUUACAGAACGGGGUAUACCAAAACUGUUCCUCUCUAAUACAGCCUUCUGAUGGACUGGAGUUUCUAAGUGUCAUGCUCACCAACAAGCUAUAAGAUGACCACCCCUCACAAUCAAGUUCAACCUGGCCCUUCUAACGACUCCCAUCCAGAUGAAUACAAAAUCGCAGCCCUUGUCUUCUACAGCUGCAUCUUCAUAAUUGGAUUAUUUGUUAAUGUCACUGCCUUAUGGGUUUUCAGUUGUACCACCAAGAAGAGAACCACUGUAACCAUCUAUAUGAUGAAUGUGGCAUUACUGGACUUAAUAUUUAUAAUGAGCUUACCCUUUCGGAUGUUUUAUUACGCAAAAGGUGAAUGGCCAUUUGGAGAAUACUUCUGCCAGAUUCUUGGGGCUCUCACGGUGUUUUAUCCAAGUAUUGCGCUAUGGCUUCUUGCUUUUAUUAGUGCCGACAGAUACAUGGCCAUUGUACAGCCGAAAUACGCCAAAGAACUUAAAAAUACGUGCAAAGCUGUGCUAGCAUGUGUGGGAGUCUGGAUAAUGACCCUAACAACCACCAUCCCCCUCCUACUGCUCUAUGAAGACCCAGAUAAAGCCUCCACCCCUGCCACCUGCUUGAAGAUUUCUGACAUCGUCCACUUAAAAGCUAUUAACGUGUUGAACUUCACUCGGCUGAUUUUUUUUUUCUUGAUUCCUCUGUUCAUCAUGAUUGGGUGCUACUUGGUCAUUAUUCACAGUCUCCUGCACGGCAAGACAUCUAAGCUGAAACCAAAGGUCAAGGAGAAGUCUAUAAGGAUCAUCAUCACACUCAUGGUGCAGGUGCUCGUCUGCUUUAUGCCUUUCCACAUCUGUUUUGCUUUCCUGAUGCUGGCAGGGGAUGACCACAGUUACAAUCCCUGGGGAGCCUUUACCACCUUCCUCAUGAACCUCAGCACCUGUCUGGAUGUGAUUCUCUACUACAUUGUUUCAAAACAAUUUCAGGCUCGAGUGAUUAGCGUCAUGCUGUACCGCAAUUACCUUCGGAGCGUGCGCAGAAAAAGCUUCCGAUCAGGUAGUUUACGGUCACUAAGCAACAUAAACAGUGAAAUGUUAUGA